AUUUAACCUUUCAUUAAAAUAUUUCCCGCCAUUUUGUGCGGUUCCAUGUUGUUGUAACUCUGCAACCCCUUUGCAGCCGUUCAUUUGCAUUUCAUUUGUUCUUCAUUGCAGCCUCAUUUCAGCAACAUUUUACAGCUUAGCUUGCUGCACUUUGCUGUUACGGUGCUGUUGGUGCAACUCUCCCUUCUUUUCAUUUUACUGCCACUUGUGCAGCUUUGAAACCACAACUCCAACACGAAGAAAGCAUACCCUCAAAAGCAAUUCUCAUUUGCUUCCCCUACCCUUCCGAUUUCGGUAAUGGCGGUUUCACAUUUCAGCCACGAACACCCUCUAACCCUAGUUGAGGUCGAAGAGGAGGAUCUCGAAUGCAACGGGUGUGGUCGAUUCCUCGCUGGACCGGUCUACAACUGCAGAGACUGCGACUUUAACUUACAUAAAUCCUGCUUUGAUUUGCCCACUGAGGUAUCUCACCGUUUUCACCAGGACCACCCUCUCUUCCUCCGGUUUCUAGACGAAGAAUCCAACUGCACCAGAUGUUUUGAUACUUGCGUUGGUUUCAUCUACCAUUGCAGUGAGUGCAGCUUCACCUUGGACCACAAGUGUGCCGUUCUGACUAAUAUCUCGGUACAAGAAGCAGGACAGGAAAAAAACUCCAUCGACCAUUUUCUCCACAAUCACUCGCUUACGUUUCACAAUAAAUUCCCGACGUCCAAGCUUUCAUGCCCGGUAUGCAGGUUGCGACCCUCCGGUCGUCCUGUCUAUUUCUGCUUCGACUGUAGCUUAUUCAUUCACAAGUCAUGUAUUUGGGAGAUACAGCCAGAGAUUCAAAAUCCUUUCCACCACCACUCUCUCAUAGCUUUCUCCACCAUUUCAUUCGAAGAAUGUGCCUCCUGUAAAAUGAAUUUCAAAGGCAUCAGUUAUUGCUGCCUUAAAUGUGGGUUCCAUCUCCAUGUUCAAUGUGCGGAUUCGGCAAAGCAGAUGACCACCUUAAAACUCAAACGCUGUGAACAUAAUUUCUAUUACUUUGAAUCAAAAAUUGAUAGUUUGUUUAUGUGCGAUGCCUGCAAUACCAGCUGCAUCGGCUCUUUCUACCGUUCUGUGAGGUGCGAUCUUAACCUCCAUUUUGAGUGUAUUCCGUUGCCGGAGUCAAUAUUCAAAUGCAAAUUUCACAAGCAUAAACCGCUGGUCUUCAAGGAUGAGUAUGUGGAUGAAGAAUACAUCGAAGGACAUUACUGUGAUUUUUGUGAGGAAUUAAGAAAUCCAAAAGAGUCUGUGUAUUACUGCGAUGAAUGUAAAUCUGCAGCUCAUAUUGCUUGUGUGAUGGAAGAUCAAAGGAUGGAGGUCCGGUCCUAUAUGGUUCCCAGAAAAGUGAGUUCUUGGCGACUCCAUUUCAUCCACGAGCAUCCCCUGUUUGAGGAGCAAGUGGAAGGCAAGCUCUGCUGCGAUGGCUGCUCCCAGAUGAUCUCUGGCCCGGCAUAUGGCUGUGAACAAUGCAAUUUCCACGUGCACAAAUCAUGCACAGAGUUACCUUUUGAGAUACGACAUCCUCGGCAUCCGAUGCACCCUUUGUUCCUUGUUCAGAACGAGUCGGGAUGCCUCAAGUGCGAUUACGACAGAUACAGUGACGACGGAUACAGUGACGACGGAUACAGUGGCUGGAGCUACCAUUGUGGAAUGUGUACUGUCAGCAUCCAUCUUAAAUGCGCUUCUUUGACCAUGGAAGAGGAGGAGAAAGAAGUUCACAUUAGUGAUACAAAAGAGUGGGAAGAGGAAGCGACCGAAGGCAGUGAUAAAGAGAGCAAGUGGAAGGCAAGCUCUGCUGCGAUGGUUGCUCCCAGAUGAUCUCUGGCCCGGCAUAUGGCUGUGAAAAAUGCAAUUUCCACCUGCACAAAUCAUGCUCAGA